GCGGAACCUGGUGUCCGCGAGACAGGCAGGAAGGGGGACCUUUUUAGUGACGGACCCCAGGAGCUGCGGGGGACCGGCCUUAGGGAGACCUAUUCAGAUUCGUGAUUCUUCCGCCGCGUCGCCGUGGUUACCGCCUGGAGGGUUGGGGGCGUCGCUGAGGAGCAUGAGCGCGGCCUUGGGGAAAGUGCUGUCCUUAGGAAAGGAAUCUUUUUUAAAACAAAGAUUUGCAUUUUUCAGCCUUGCAUUAAAAUCGUCCAGAAGGAAUCCAACCUGUUCUAUAGGCAGCCUGCAGCAGAAUUUUCAAAGACACUACAGAUCCCAGCCUACCCACAGUAUUGGCCGGUACAGACAUCUCCUUCCCCCAGAGCCCUCUAAGAAAAGGAAGAAUCAUGUGGAAAUGAAGGAAAUUGACCCUGGCACAGAACACAGCUACGGAAGCUUGAACAUUGUGGUGACUGGCUAUGACGUCACUCUGGUCGAGCACUAUGCUCAGUAUGUUCAUCGGCUGUGCAACAAGCUGUCCAUCCGGGUGGUAGAAAGCUAUGCCUUGCCCACGAAGACCAUGGAGCUGAUGGUGGCUGGGGAACAGGACAACAAAAUGCGUGUGGACGCCGUUCUGACCAGCCACCAGCGGGUUGUUCAGAUUAAACAACUGAGCGCCGCGUUCAGUCCUAUUUUCUUGGAAAUUAUUCAGAAUAACCUGCCUGAAGGAGUCCAUCUGCUAGUGAAAGAGCACACAGAGGAGGAUUUCAGAAUUCGAUUGAAGAUUCGCACAGAACUUGACGAGCUUCGUGCCAGACUGCAGUGAGGCAGGCUGGUGGCUCAUUACGCCUUCCGUUGGUCCAAGCCACCCUCCCUGCAGCUUUCCUGACCUGGUGAAAGUUAAUCUGUUUCCUGGAAAACCCAACCCUGCCGCCACAUUUCUGUGAUAUUAUUAUAGCAUGCAGAGGUUUUUACAGAACUGGGAACAGAAAACAGCUCCUGCAGCAGAGGUUAAAUAAAGGUUCUUGAAAU